CCGAGGUAACAUUGCAAUGUGCUUCUGUUUCUCUGGUCUUCCCGCUAUUUCCCAUUUCCAUAUUGAUGUUAUAAUAUUGGUUGUUUUCCAUAUUUGUGACGACGUGCUCGGCAUUAGCAUUAAUAAAAUUCAUCAUUUAUCAAGAAGAUGAGGAGAUCAUGGGUUUUAAAGAUCAAACAUUUUGUCAAAUCUGAAUAAAUUCAUUGCAAAUAGACAUAACCUCCUCAUCGCGCAUGUGGUGAUGAUCAAAUCUUGUUUUGAUUCCGAUUUGUACAAGGUCCCUGCUUGGCUCAUGCAGGCAUUUUAUCAAGUUAAUAACAAACUUUGAGUUUGUUCUGAAAACGAGAAGGAACUGGCCCGUCGCACCUACACAUUGCUGAAAGAUCAAUGACCGAAGAACGAUUUAUGACAUACGAGGGCAAAUCAAUAAGUACCCGUGUUUGAAGACAAGCGGCGUUGCUGAUGCAAUUUGGCAAUACCACCGUGUACGUAGGCUGCUGAAAAAGUUUCUGCAAUCUAAUACUUCCAAUGGCGCCAACGUUCUGUUACUAUCAUAUCCGUAAAAUUAGACGUUUCUAACUUAUAAUUCAGUUGACAGUUUGUACCCAGCCAACUAGUUUUGUUUGCAUAGUAUUUUAAAAGAAGUUAUUUUGUGAGAAAAUGGAAAUUUCGUGUGAAAAUUUUCGGUCAAUGAGUUUUUACGAUUACAAAUGUAGUCUAUUUCCGAAACAAUGCAUCGAUCGACUUCAUUUGGCUUUUGAGGAUGAAGCACCAUCCAAUAGAACCGUUUAUAAUUGGUUUGCCGAAUUCCAGCGUGGACACACCUUUCUUAGUGACGAAUUUCGUGAAGGUCGUCUAUCCACGUCUGUUGUCACUAAUGUUGGUGCGUGAAAUGAUUCAGCGAGAUCGGCAUGUGACAUAUCGCGAGAUUCAAAUUUCGCCACAGUCAAAUUGGUCGAAUUGCGCUACGAAUUACUGCCGCAUCCACCACCGUACUCUCCGGAUUUGGCCCCCUGCGACUUCUUUUUGUUUGCAAACUUGAAAAAAUGGCUCGGUGGAGAGAGAUUCACGUCGAGUGAGGAGGUCAUCGCUGAAACAGAAGCUUAUUUUGCAGAGUUCGACAAAUUGUAUUUUUCAGAGGGGUUAAAAAAUGGCAGGGGCGUUGGGAAAAGUGUAUCCUCCUGAAAAGGGAUUACGUUGAAAAAUUAAAAAAAAAUUUGCGUGAGAAACUUGCGUCUUCAUUACUAACGGAUAAAAUGGAUGAAGGAGGAGAGUAUUUUGCCGAACUUCCCUUUAAACACUGUACAAGAAUUUGAACGAUUUCAACAAAAUCUCGUCGAGCCAUUGGAAGUACAAAAACUAUAUAUUUGAGAGAUAAAGAUGAUCGGAGGGUUUGAUCCGGACAAAUUCAUCAGAGCCACAUUGCGCUUCUUGAUGUCGGAUGAAAAACCAUUUCUAAGAUGAUGAACGUUCUUAACACUUUAUCGACCGCUAGCCUAUUAAUCGGCUUUUUGUCGCCAACGCUCAUCGACCGAUAGCAUAUUAAUCGGUUUUCACGGUGAUAAACAGUAUAAUUAUAUAAACAGUUGUUUGUUAUUUAGUAUUGAAGUAAAACUAGUUGCGUUGCUCUGUAAGCUCCCACAUUUUUAUAUUAUUUUGAAAAAUUUACCGUUCGCGAUGAACGAAAAAAAAAUUAUUGGAGAAUUUUAUUUAGAUGAUCUAUCAGAUUGUCCUGACAGUUAUUCAGGAAGUGAUAGUGGUGAUGAAAGUGAUGGCAGCGAUAUAAUAAUUGGGAAGCGAGGUUCAGAAGACUAUGAGAUAAGUAACGUCGAAGGCGAUGCAAAUAACGUUAGAGAUAACGAUGGCAUAUGGUCGACGAACGAUGAAACAAUAAUUUUGGAACCUUUCGAAGGCAGCCCCGGCAUAAAAAUUAUGCCAAGUUCUCCAGAAAGUAUGAUGGAUAGUGUCAAUUUAUUCAUUGGAAAUGACUUUUUCGAGUACUUGGUGAGAGAAAGCAAUAGAUAUCAUUAUCAGGCCAUGGAAAAAUAUAAAAUUCCAUCAAGAGUGAAAAAAUGGACAGAUAUAACGGUGCCGGAAAUGAAGAAGUUUUUAGGGCUAAUAGUUUUAAUGGGACAAAUAAAGAAGGACGUUCUCUACAACUAUUGGUCCACUGAUCGAAGUAUAGAAACUCCAUUCUUCUCACAAGUAAUGAGCAGGAAUAGAUUUGUGCAAAUAAUGCAGAGCUGGCAUUUUUGCAACAAUGAGAACAUUUCUCAUAAUUCACAUAGGCUUGCUAAAAUUCAGCCUGUCGUCGAUUAUUUAAAGCAAAAAUUUAUCGAUGUAUAUAAACCCUGUCAACAAUUGUCUUUGGAUGAGUGUGUAAUUCCGUGGAGAGGUAGACUUUCGAUUAAAACGUAUAAUCCCGCAAAAAUUACAAAAUACGGAAUACUUGUGAGAGUGCUGUGUGAAGCUGUCACAGGAUACGUAUGUAACUUUCACGUGUAUGCUGCUGAUGGCAAAAAAUUAGAAGACACUGUUUUAACGGUUAUUGAACCAUAUAAGAACAUUUGGCACCAGAUUUAUCAAGACAAUUACUAUAACAGUGUCAAUAUGGCUAAAAUUCUUAUGAAAAAUAAAGUGCGAGUGUGCGGAACCAUUCGAAAAAAUAGAGGUCUUCCUCGAUCACUCCAAAUAAUACAACUUUCAAAAGGCCAGUAUGAAUUUCGUAGAAAUCAUCAAAUUUUGUUGGAAGUAUGGAAUAAUGGCAAAAGAAACGUCAAUAUGAUCUCAACUAUACAUUCUGCACAAUUAACAGAAUCCAGAAAUAGAAGUAAAAAAUCAAACGGCCCCAUACAGAAGCCUAGGCAAAUGCCUAAUUCAAUCGUAAAUUAUAACAAAUAUAUGAAGGGCGUAGAUCGCGCGGACCAAUAUCUAUCGUAUUAUUCCAUUUUUAGAAAAACAAAAAAGUGGACUAAACGAGUUGUAAUGUUUUUUAUCAACUGUGCACUUUUCAAUUCAUUUAAAGCAUACACAGUUCUCAACGGAAAAAAUAUUACCUACAAUAAUUUCCUGCACAAAGUGGCAGUUUCGUGGAUAGAAGAUUGUGAAACUAAUUGUACAGAACAAGAUGACGAUCUACCUAAUUCUGAACCCACAAGAAGAACACCCAGAUUAGACCAUCCCGGAAGACUGUCGAAUUUCGGAAAACAUAAACUUAUAAAUAUAGUGACCAGCGGUCGAAGUGUAAAACCUCAAAGACAAUGUAGAGUUUGUACAAUUAAAAAAAAAAGAAGUAGAACAUGUUUUGUCUGUAAAUUUUGCAAUGUUCCACUACACAAAGGCGACUGUUUUGAACGAUAUCAUACUUUAAAAAAAUAUUAAACUAUUUCUUAUUUGAAGUAUGUCAAUGUAUGGAUUAUGGUAUAUUAUAUAACUAUUUAACUGAAAACCGUUGUAAUAGAUAAAAUAAAUAUAAUUUAGCAUUAAUAUCAUCAAAAUAAAAGAACUUAUUAAAUCGAAUUAUCCUAUAAUAAUAGAAAACGGGCAAUUUUAUCUGAGCAUACGAAAAGCACAGAUACUCCCGCGCGACAGUCUAAACCGAAACAGAGCCGGCGCCAGGAAGGAUUUGCGGCCGAGCGGACGUGCGUAUGCUGUUGAACCGCUAGCGGUCGGUAAAGUGUUAAGUAAUAGUGCAAUAUCUUUUUGUAUCGACUUUAAUAUACUAAAGUCUUUUUUUUUUUUUUAGGUUGUAUAUUCUCGAUAUGCUACCCCAUACUUUCUUGUGUAACAGACUGUAAAUGCUACCUCGAAUUCAUUACGAAUUCCUAUGGAGUAUAAAAGGAAUUCUUCUUGCAUCUGAAGAAGGACUCACAAAUGGUGACGCAAAAAUGAACUCUUUUUGAACUUUUAAGAAUAAUUUUAGAACAGAAAUGCGAUAAAGAAAGAAUUCAUUUCAUAAUUUACGAGUUCAAAAAGAAUUUUUUUCGAAUUCUUUUUGCUAUCUGGGCGGAGGAUGAGCGAGAGAUAUUUUUUAUAUUAUCUUUAUUAAUUAUUUGUUAUUUGUAAAGUUUAUGAAUAAGUUUUCACGCAGAGUUUUAUGGUGACAACAAAUGUUUUAUUUAACAUUCCGAUAAUUCAGUGAGA